GAAAGCAUAAUCUGAUGAAGAACAUGCUUCUCUCCUUCCAUCUUAUUAUUAUUAUUAUUAUUCCUCUCCGUCGGCAGCCCUUGCUGUGAGCACAGCGUAACCGAAUUCCCAGGCCAUAAAUCCGAUCCACCCUAGGGUUUUCCCUCCGUGUGAGAUCUCGUUCUUCUAAUUCUGCUUCGAUGGCGUGCAUCAAGAGUGCCGCGCGAUCGGCCCUUGUGGCCUUUGCCCCCGAAGCGCCUUACCUGGCGUCGGGCACCAUGGCCGGCGCUGUCGAUCUCUCUUUCAGCUCGUCCGCAAAUCUUGAGAUCUUCAAGCUCGACUUCCAAUCAGAUGACUCCGACCUCCCCGUAGUCGCCUCCUGCCCCAGUUCCGAACGUUUCAACCGCCUCUCAUGGGGCAAGCUUGGAUCCGUCUCUGAGGAGUUCUCGCUUGGGCUCAUCGCUGGAGGCCUCGGCGACGGCAACAUCGGCGUGUGGAAUCCCUCCAAGUUGAUCGGUGAAAAUAAUCAGGAUAGCGCUUUCGUUGUGAAGCUGGAGAAGCAUACAGGGCCGGUCCGUGGCUUGGAGUUCAGUGCCAUUUCACCAAAUCUUCUUGCCUCUGGGGCCGAUGAAGGGGAACUCUGUAUCUGGGAUCUGGCAAAACCUCCAGAACCUGAUUUAUUUCCGUCACUCAAGAGUGUUGGUUCUGGCGCUCAGACAGAAGUUUCUUUUGUAUCUUGGAAUCCCAAGUUUCAACAUAUAUUAGCAUCUACUUCUUACAAUGGGAUCACAGUUGUUUGGGACUUAAGGCAGCAGAAACCAGUGACCAGUUUUUCAGAUUCAAAUCGUAGAAGAUGCUCUGUUUUGCAAUGGAAUCCUGAUGUUUCCACCCAACUUAUCAUUGCAUCUGAUGAUGACCAUUCUCCUGCUCUCCGCGUUUGGGAUGUAAGAAAAACAAUAUCACCUUUACGAGAAUUUGUUGGGCAUACAAAAGGUGUGAUUGCUAUGUCAUGGUGCCCGUAUGACAGUUCAUACUUGCUUACUUGUGCGAAAGACAACCGUACUAUCUGCUGGGAUACGACUAGUGGGGAAAUUCUGUCUGAGCUGCCUGCUAGCACCAACUGGAAUUUUGAUAUUCACUGGUAUCCGAAAAUUCCAGGUGUCAUUUCAGCAUCUUCAUUUGAUGUUAAGAUUGGCAUUUACAAUAUUGAGGCUUGUGGAAGAUUUCCAGCUGGAGAUGGUACCUUCAGUGCUUCAGCGCGCUCGAGGGCUCCAAAGUGGUUGAAAUGCCCAGUGGGUGUGACUUUUGGCUUUGGAGGCAAGCUUGUAUCAUUUCAGCCUUCUGCAUCUGUAACAGGUUCUCCCACUUGCACCUCUGAGGUUUAUGUGCAUAAAUUGGCUACUGAAUCAAGUUUGAUAAAGAGAUCUACUGAAUUUGAAGCUGCAAUACAAAAUGGUGAAAAAGUUUCCCUACAUGCUUUAUGCAGCCGAAAAUCUGAUGAAUCUGUACUUGAGCAUGACAAAGAAACAUGGGGAUUCUUGAAGGUUAUGUUUGAGGAAGAAGGCACAGCAAGGACACAGUUACUUGCUCAUCUUGGUUUCAAUGCACAUCAAGACGAAAGUAGAAAUGCAUCUAAUGGCAUUGAGAAGAAAUUAACUAGCAGUCUGGGUAUUGAAGAUGUUGGAGAAAGCAGUGUCUUCCCUAUUGACAAUGAUGAAGCCUUCUUUAACAACAUUCAACCUUCAGUUGAUAGCUUUUCAGAUAAUGAUUUCCCUAAUGGCAAGGAAACACCGAAAGAACCUGCAGAACAUCUUGAUAGUUCAGAACAUUCUAUUGAUGAUAAUAUCCAACGGGCUUUAGUUGUCGGGGAUUACAAGGAGGCAGUUUUACAAUGCAUAUCCACAAACAGACUGGCAGAUGCACUGGUUAUUGCAAAUCUUGGUGGUUCAUCUUUGUGGGAAAGUACACGUGAUCAUUAUCUUAAGAAGAGUUUCUCCCCUUAUCUGAAGGUUGUCUCUGCAAUGGUGAAUAAUGAUCUCAUGGGCCUUGUUACCACCAGACCGCUUGACUCAUGGAAAGAAACACUUGCUCUUCUUUGUACGUUUGCUCAAAAAGAGGAUUGGACUUUACUGUGUGAUACUCUUGCUUCAAGACUAAUGACUGCAGGAAACACACUAGCUGCAACUCUCUGCUAUAUUUGUGCUGGAAAUAUCGACAAAACUGUUGAAAUUUGGUCAUGUAACCUGAAGCCUGAACACGAAGGCAAGAGCUAUGUUGACCUUCUUCAGGAUUUAAUGGAGAAGACGAUUGUCCUUGCUCUCGCAAUUGGACAGAAGCGGCUUAGUGCAUCUCUGUCGAAGCUUGUUGAGAACUAUGCUGAACUGCUGGCCAGUCAAGGGCUUCUUACUACAGCAAUGGAAUAUUUGAAACUCUUGGGCUCUGAAGAAUCGUCUCAUGAGCUUUCCAUUCUGCAGAAUCGUAUUGCCCUAUCUGCUGAAGAUAGUGGCAAAACAACCCAAAGUUCACCUUAUGAGGGCAGCCUGUCACAAACUGAAUCUAUAUAUGGUGCACAAAGUUCUAAUAGUAGUUUUAUUGACAAUGCACAACAUUACUAUCAGGACAAAACACAGCCCCAGCUGCAGCAGCGCUUUAUUAGCAGCCAAUAUGGUGAAGGUUAUCAACAGUCACUUUCUUCUCAUGGUGGGUAUCAGCCUGCGCAUCAGAAACAAACAUUCCAAGAAUAUAUUAACCCUGCAACUUUUCAACAAGCACAGCCACAGCAGGUUUUUGUUCCAUCACAGGCACCUCAAGUUCCACAGCCUAGCUUUGCUCCUGUCCCUGCACAGCCUGCAUUAAAGCCUUUUGUUCCUGCGACCCCACCCACUUUGAAAAAUGUAGAGCAAUAUCAGCAGCCUGCAUAUGGUUCUCAACUUUACCCGGGUGCUGCCAAUUAUAUGUAUAGACCUGGACUCCCUGUUGCCACUCCUCAGGGUGUUGCUCCAUCUCAGCCAGGACCUGUUCCUGGUCACAAGUAUCCCCAGGCUGCGGGUUCUGCGACAAUGCCCAGAGGUUUCACUCCGGUUACUAAUCCAGGUUUUGUUCAGGGGCCUGCUGGGAAUCCUGUUCAACCCUCAAGUCCCACAUUGCCAGCACAGGCACAACCAGUUGCCGCCCCACUGGCCCCUCCUCCUACAGUUCAAACCGCUGAUACAUCCAAUGUGCCGGUUGAGAUGAGAUCUGUUGUUGCAACCUUGACAAGACUCUACAAUGAGACGUCAGAGGCUCUUGGAGGCAUGCAUGCAAAUCCAUCAAAAAAACGGGAAAUCGAGGAUAAUUCAAAGAAAAUUGGGUCUCUGUUUGCGAAACUCAACGGAGGGGACCUCUCGCCAAAUGCUGCCUCCAAACUCCGCCAGCUCUGUCAGGCUUUAGAUGCCUCUGACUUCGCUAGUGCUUUGCAUACCCAGGUACUCCUAACAACAAGCGAUUGGGAUGAAUGCAACUUCUGGCUUGCAGCACUGAAGCGAAUGAUCAAGACUAAACAGAGUAGUAGUAAUAGAUUGUAAAUCAAACAAGUCUAUCUGAUGGAGGAUUUAUUUACUCAAAUGAUGUAUCAACACCCGUUUAUGUUUUUGUUGUUUAUGCUAUAUCCUCGUGCAUCGGUUGUAUUGUUCUAUAGUUUGGACUCAAAAAUGGGUAUUUGAUUCUGCAGUAUGUAGUCAUAGGAAUAAUUCUCUCAAGGUCGCGGGACUAUGCAUUUUUUAGUUUGGA